AUGGCGUCUCUAUCAGAAGACGAUCACAAGGUCAUCAAGCACUAUCCCUUGAAUGAUUCUCUUGGCCGCGUACGAGAGUUACUCCAGGAGGUGGAGCGUUCAUAUGCGCUGGUCAGUUCCGUUGACGGCGCUGAAGAUGGACCUGAACACGAUCUCCAAGACGUGGUAUCGCAUCUCCUGACUACCUUGAUAGUAACAAGGGCAGCUUACCGUCUGCGGUCGAAAGUGAAUAGUCAAAGCGUUGCCUCUGACCUGGCGGGCCACUUUACGCGCGUCACAGGCGACUUCAACUACACGUACUACCGCCCGCUGGUGAAUCUCAUCAUCAAAGAUGCACCCGACUUGGACAUCUGGAGUGCUGUUUUUGAUCUUAUUAGCGAGGUCUCGAGAGUGUCACCGCCACCGAACAUUCCGCCCGCGUCUAAAAGCACGCCCAUCGAGUAUUCCUCCGCGUCACAGCUGGAUAGCGAACAGAGUCGGCGAAAGGUCUUUGACGAAAUCAGAGACUGCACAUAUCGGGAUGUGGAAGGAUUCUUUGAAAAAUACUUUGAGGGAAAGGACUGGAGGGAUCGUGCUCAGAAAGCCUUUGACUUGGUGAAGAACGAAUACAUUGAUCGCAGAUGGUCUACUCUACUCGACUCGCCUACCCAGGACGAUGUGGUGGGCUGGAUAUUCCGACUGCAGGAUGAAUUUCUCCCGAAUGAGCAACGUCGCUACUAUACGAUAAAGCUACCAAAUGAGCUUACUGGCGCUGAGUCUAAGUGGCAGACAGAUCUUAUUGUCAAACGAAAGACCGGAGGGCCUGAACCCUCAGAUGUGAAACAUGACUGGAGAGACAUUGAUGUGAUUGGUGAGCUCAAGGCAUCCAAAGACGGAGUUAAAAGAUGUGUUCGCCUGUCAACCAACGCGCCGCUAUGUACAAUCUGUGGGCGAGAAAUGGAGGUCUGGGUGUUUGACCGCUCAGGAUGCUACAGUCCAGGCUGCUUUGAUAUCCACGACGAGCCGAAACGAUUUGUGCAGGUGAUCGCUGGCUAUAUAAUGAUGAAUGAGGAUGAACUGGGUCUGGAUACUUUCACAGAGUGGGAUGGUGACCGUCGCUUCAUAAACAUCAAGCAGGAUGGCUCUGAAACAGCAAAGAGGCUGCAGCUGAAGCCAGAUCCCCUCACACAUCAACAGGCGAUUGUCUGCCGCGGAACGGCUUGCUAUCUCACAAAGGCACCAGACUCUGAGGAUUGGAACCAUGUCACCAAGUUCUCCUGGACAUCUGAUAGACAGAAACCUGAAGCCGAUCUACUCAGGCUUGCCAAUCAGAAAGGAGUUGAGGGAAUUGCCAGGUUGGUCAGUCAUUGCUCAGUCACCAGUAUGAAAGAUAUGCGCUUGGGCUUGGUGUUCAAGAAGCCCUAUUCUUUCCGUGGUACUGCCGGCGUUGCAUCGUUCUUUUCGCAGUCUUUCUCUCAGUUUCAGCCGCCCAGUGUCCUUUCCCAGUCAUUGAGUACUGGUGAACGUACUUCAUUAAGAAAGCGCAAGUCAGCUGAUGUCAGUAUCAAACCAUCAAAGCGAUCCAGGUCCAGCAGCCAGCAAUUGAACCCACUACAGAAUGAGGUUACAUGUGAUGUGGAAGAUGCUCAGGGGGCCAGUUUGCUCACUCCCGCUGAUGGCCCAUAUGACAACCGUAUUCUUCGCUGUCUGGUCAUUUAUCCUGCUGGCCGGCCGAUAUACAAAUAUAAGUCACCUCCGGAACUCUUAGAAGCGCUUCGCGAUGCGAUUAAAGCACACAGAUCUCUGUAUGCCAAAGGAAACAUCCUUCAUCAGGAUAUUUCUGAGAACAACAUCAUCAUUACUGAUUCAAAGAAGACUGGCCACGCGGGAAUGCUGAUUGACAUGGACCUUGCUAAGGAGCUUGGCAGCGGGCGAAGUGGUGCACACUGUCGCACCGGCACCAUGGAGUUCAUGGCUAUUGAGGUGCUGCUUAAUAUAGACCAUACCUAUCGGCAUGAUCUCGAGUCAUUCUUUUACAUUUUUAUUUGGCAGUGGGGUCGCCGGGGCUGGGAGUUCACCCGCAAUCCGAAGAGGCAACCUACACGCAGUCUGCUCAUGCAGUGGUACACUGGAAGUUAUGAGGGCAUUGCUAUUACAAAGCGAGGUAUGGUUGACGCCAAAUUAUUUGAGCUCGUUUUGGCAAAGGAAUUUCCCCCUGAGUUUGAAUGCCUCAAAUCGCUUUGCAGGGAGUUGCGUGGGAUCCUGUUUCCGAUACGUGGCAACGCAAUCUUCACUGGCACGCCCAAGGACCCAGAGAUUCUGUACGGGCCGAUUAUCAAGGCUUUUGACAGAGCUAUCGAAGCAAUGGGAGGAUGA